ACUUUGUACUUCAUUUAAAAGAGGAAUAUUCAACAAUGUCUAAAUCCUCUAGAUAUUCUGGAGAUGACAUAUGGAAGAACAGUGUUGAGAAGAUAAAUUCUGAACUUUUCACCCUUACUUAUGGAUCUGUAGUGUCACAAUUAUGUCGUGACUUCAAUAAUAAUUACAUAGAAGUAAACCAACAACUUGAUAAAAUGGGUUACAAUAUCGGGUUGAGAUUGAUUGAAGAGUUUCUUGCCAAGACAGGCGCUCAAAGAUGUCAAACAUUCAAAGAAACCUCAGAAAUGAUUUCUAAAGUUGCCUUUAAAAUCUUCCUCAACAUACAGCCUACAGUGGCCAAUUGGACCCAAGACGGAAAGACAUUUCUGCUUAUCUUCACUGAAAACCCCUUGGCUGAGUUUGUUGAAUUGCCCAUCACUUCAGAUCCAAAAAUUGCAAAGGAAUUGUGGUACUCGCAAAUCUUGUGUGGGGUAUUACGCGGAGCCCUUCAAAUGGUACAAUUGGACGUGGAGUGUUGGUUCAUAAAGGAUGUAUUAAGAGGUGACGAACACACAGAAAUGAAGUUAAAGUUGAACAAAAUCUUGAAGGAUGAAGUUCCAGCUGGUGAGGAUUAGACGGUUAACAAAGGCUGUUCCAGCUGGAGAACUUUAGCCGUAUGUACUAUAGAAGA